GAUGUUGUCCGCUUGGCACAUCUUGUUCAUCUAAUCAAACGUGUAUUUGUUUCGGUAGUUGUCCUAAUAAUUCUAAGCCUUCUAGCAAUUCUUCUAGUAAUUCUCCUAGUAAUCCUGAUCCUCCUAGCAUUAGUACUAAACCUAAUAGUGUCAGCACUAGCAUUCCAAGUAUUUCUAGCCCUAAGAAUAUUCCUAGCCCUAACCCUCCCAAUAGUCCUUCCAAUAGUUCUCCCAACAAUUCUCCCAAAAAUUCUCCCAAUAGUUCUCCCACUAGUUCUCCCAAUAGUCCUCCCAAUAGUCCUCCUAAUAUUUUUCCUAAUAAUGUUGCUUCUAGUAGCAAAGCCGCAGUCACGAAGUCAUGUGACCUCGUGAAUCAAGUUCACGAUUAA